AUAAAAACUCUCUUUGUGAGUCCAUCUGAGCAUUUCUACAGUGAGCACCGGGACUUUAUUAGUCUGCUGCAAACAUGAGUCAAACAGAACCUGAAAACGCAAUGAAGUCCAGAAUGGAGCGGGCAAAACAGAUGAAGGAUGAAGAUAAACUUUACAAGAAAGAUGGAAUUCUGUACUCCACAAUCCUGAGUCCACCAGAAACCCUGGAGAAGUUAAAAGACCUGGAAGCCAGAGAAGAUGACAUUAUUCUGGUGGCAUAUCCUAAAUGUGGGUUCAACUGGAUGGUGGGAGUCUUGCGCAAAAUCGUGAAUGCCUCCACUGGUAAAAAUGAGGCACCGCCCGACAGACCACCACUGGUCGAGUUUCUACCUCCAGAUGUUCAACAGAAACUAUCAGAAAUGCCUCCACGAAGACUUCUGGGAACUCAUCUGCAUCCAGACGACAUCCCUGCCUCUUUCUUUACCAAAAAACCAAAGAUUCUGGUGGUGUUCAGAAACCCAAAAGACACGCUGGUCUCCUUCUUUCAUUUCAUGAACAAAAACCCGGUGCUGCCCAGCGCUGAGCCAUGGGAUAAGUUUUUCUCAGAGUUCAUGUCUGGUGAAGUUCCAUGGGGAUCGUAUUUUGAUCACGCUCUUGCCUGGGAAAAACGAAUAGACGAUCCAAACGUGAUGAUUGUGACGUACGAGGAACUCAAACAGAAUUUACCCACGGAAGUGAAGAAGAUCUCCGAGUUCUUCAGUUUUCCACUGACCCAGGAACAGGUCAACAGUAUCGCUGAGCAAAGCACCUUCAAUGCAAUGCUGGAAAACUCAAACAAGUCUCACAGCAACAUGGGCUCCAUCUUCUUCAGAAAGGGUGAGGUUGGUGACUGGAAGAAUCAUUUCUCCGAGGCUCAGAGUAAAGAGAUGGAUGAGGUCUUCCGAUCUAAACUAGCUGGAACUAAACUAGGAGCUCAAAUGAAGUACGACCUCUACUGCCAAUAAAUGUGAAGAUGCAACGCGUCCUUUACAAAUAAUGACAAAGUCUUCUCAUAAACAGUAUCACAGGGAUUAUUACAGUAUACUGUCACUUAUACAGGCAGCUGAUCAUUCAUGUAUUUCAUCAUGUUGCUGUUGUGUUUACAAUUUCUUUUUUAACUCACUUUGCCAUUAAACCUCACAAUAUGAAUGUGUUAAUAUUUACUAAAAAAUAAGAAUAAUACUUCAUUCUUCUGAAAAAAAUAUCUAAAACUAGAUAUUGAUAAAACAACUGCAUUUCUCUUUAUAAUGAAUAUAUAUUUGCUUUUUCUGCCAUUUUAUUUUAGACAAUGUAAUGCUUCUCAGUUAAUGGAUCACAGGUCUAUUCUGAUAAGGUCAUGAAAACAAACUAACUAAAUAUAUGAAGAUCUCAGAUGCAAAAGCUGCUAAACACCACCUCUGUCAAAAAUUAAAUAAUGAUGUUAACUGAUGCUUUAAGCACACAUUAUACUUUCAUUAAAUACUUUCACUUCAAAUACACUUCAUCACGGCCUCAGGUCAUUCAGAAAUAAUCCAUGAAGAUUUUGAAUUAAAAGUUAAUUUACUCAGAGGGUUUUGUAUCUGAACUCUUCAUAUAAUUGUGAAUUUAGUUAAAAAAUAGCCUAAAUAACCUUUAAACGUACUGUAGGAAAAUCUCUUCCCAUAUCAUUUAUUGCAUACUGAGUUUAUUUACUGCCAAAUUACAAACUAAUAACAUAUAUUUUAUGCAGUAAACAAAGACAUCUUCUGUAAAUAAAUGAAGUAUCUCA